CCGGCGGGCCCUCCCCUCGGCCGUCCCCGCCCGCCCGCCCGAGCGGGGUCGGGGGAGGGGGCAGCAUGGCCUGUCCGUCCGGCCCCCUUCGCCGCGCUCCUCAUCUGCCCCGCGCCGAGCGCCGCCGCCGCCGCCGCCGCCGCCGCUCCGCUGCCCGCGCCGCCCGCGGCUCCCGAUGGAGACUGACGCGCCCCAGCCCGGCCUCGCCUCCCCGGACUCGCCGCACGACCCCUGCAAGAUGUUCAUCGGGGGACUCAGUUGGCAGACUACGCAGGAAGGGCUGCGCGAAUACUUCGGCCAGUUCGGGGAGGUGAAGGAGUGUCUGGUGAUGCGGGACCCCCUGACCAAGAGAUCCAGGGGUUUCGGCUUCGUCACUUUCAUGGACCAGGCGGGGGUGGAUAAAGUGCUGGCGCAAUCGCGGCACGAGCUCGACUCCAAAACAAUUGACCCCAAGGUGGCCUUCCCUCGACGAGCACAGCCCAAGAUGGUGACUCGAACGAAGAAGAUCUUUGUGGGGGGGCUGUCGGUGAACACCACGGUGGAGGAUGUGAAGCAAUAUUUUGAGCAGUUUGGGAAGGUGGACGACGCCAUGCUGAUGUUUGACAAAACCACCAACCGGCACCGAGGGUUCGGGUUUGUCACGUUUGAGAGUGAGGACAUCGUGGAGAAAGUGUGUGAAAUUCAUUUUCAUGAAAUCAACAACAAAAUGGUGGAAUGUAAGAAAGCUCAGCCAAAGGAGGUGAUGUCGCCGACGGGCUCAGCCCGGGGGAGGUCUCGAGUCAUGCCCUACGGCAUGGACGCCUUCAUGCUGGGCAUCGGCAUGCUGGGUUACCCUGGUUUCCAAGCCACAACCUACGCCAGCCGGAGUUAUACAGGCCUCGCCCCUGGCUACACCUACCAGUUCCCCGAAUUCCGUGUAGAGCGGACCCCUCUCCCGAGCGCCCCAGUCCUCCCCGAGCUUACAGCCAUUCCUCUCACUGCCUAUGGUCCAAUGGCGGCAGCAGCGGCGGCAGCGGCUGUGGUUCGAGGGACAGGUUCGACUCCCAGCCGCACAGGGGGCUUCCUGGGGACCACCAGCCCCGGCCCCAUGGCCGAGCUCUAUGGGGCGGCCAACCAGGACUCGGGGGUCAGCAGUUACAUCAGCGCCGCCAGCCCUGCCCCCAGCACCGGCUUCGGCCACAGUCUUGGGGGCCCUUUGAUUGCCACAGCCUUCACCAAUGGGUACCACUGAAGCAGGGGACGGUGGCAGGAGCGCCCCAGCCUGCAGCUGACUGAGGACCACGAGCGAGCCAGCGAGGGGGCGGGAGACCUCAGCCGCAGCCGCCGCCCCCUCCCCUGCAGCGACUCGGACCUGCUACUGCCUGCCCCCCACUCCCCGGGCCCGGCCCCUGCCCUGCUGCCCUGCUGCCCCCGACAGCGUCUGGCUCCCCUACUAACGUCCCCCUCUUCGCCCUUGCCCCUGUCCCCACCCGCCCCUCUCCCGGCCCCGCUUUUAUUUAUUUUGGAUUAGCCGGUUGCCCACCCCAGCCCUCUGGUCCAUCCCUCCCUGCCGCGCCCCUCCCUCCUUGCCGCGCCCCCCUAGGACCGCCUCCUCCCCAAAAGGCUUUUGGAUUUGUGCAUAGCUAGAGUGAAGGCGGAGGGAGCCUGCUACAGGCCGCAGCCCAACCCGUUUUUUAUUCAGAUUUCCCCUCCUUUACCCUUUCCCUUUUUUUUUUUUUUUAAAGAAACCGUUUUUAAACUAUUUCUAGGUUUGUGAAUGUGAAGCCCCAGGCCGCAGGGGGCAAGGGGCCAGGUGCCCCUCACCAGCUGAGAACAAAGUGUCUGUCUGGAUGUGGGCCCCUGGCUGCCUCCCUCCAGCCCUGGAGAGGAGGGCAGGGCUGCGGGGAGGCCAGGCCGAGCCCCUGGAACCAUCCCGUCCUGUAUCAUAUGUAAAUACUGUGAGGUGAUGUGCCCACCCCUCUCUAAGACCCCUCGGGGGUGAGGGGCUCCCCCCUCCCCUGUUUCUGUCCCCUCAGACACCGUUACUGUAAGCUUGCAGGCCUCAGCUGUGGCCACGGCAGGCCCGCUCUCUCAGGCCCUCAGGGUCAAGGCCUUGGUUGGACCUGCCCACUCCAAAAACCCAGUGUGGGGGCAAAGGGCAUGGGAAGAGCAGGGUUUGCCCAGAGACACUGCUGGACAGGAAUUAACUCUCCAAAGGUCUCCCCUGCUCCCUACCUAGGUUGGGUCUUCAUGGUUUCUGCUCAGUCUGUCCCCCUUCCCCCUCGACUCCCGCAAUGAGUGGGCACCAGGGGACGCUCUGGCGAGGGCAGACCCCAGGGGAAAGCAAAGGGCGUCUCAGGGAACCCCCACAUUCUCUCACUGAAGUUUCCCACCAGGAUGACCCCACAGCCAGAGUCCCUUGGCAGCCUCUCACCCCAGAGCCCCCUUCUAAGGAAAAAGAGAGGUUCAGAGCGUUGGACCUUCAUGAACAGUGGCCUGGCUGGCGUGGCAGGGCCAAGGCCCACCCACUGCCAUCCCCCCUCUGUGUGUCCCUGUCCCCCAGUUACGAGGCCCAGGGCCUGAGCUCUCUUCUCCCCAGCAUCGCCCCCACCUGGAAACCCCGCCUUUGGAGAGUUAAUUAUCUGUGUGAGGUGCUUAACCUAUCAGCCCUGAGAACACAAAGCAAUAAUCUUUGUUACUGAGAUGCGCGGCUGUUCGUGUUUUGGGUUUUUUUUUUUUUUAAUGUUUCCUAAUAAAAGAGAAGCUGCAUUUUAUUGGUUUUUAUUUUUAAUUUUCUACAUGUUUGAGCUGAGUCCUGAGACACUUAGCUUCCCUCUCCCUUAUCCCCGGACCCUUCCACCCCACUGGGCCCAACCAUGGGCUCAGGACCCUGGAAUUCCGUUUUCUGAUUUGUUUGGGGAUUUUUUUUUUUUUUUUAAGAUGUUACAUGGUGUUUUGAAGCCAGCAAGUUACCACCCUCCGGUGUCUCUUCUCUCCACAUCUGUAACUUCUUUUUCCAGGUUUCAUUUUCAGUUUUAAAUUCCUAAUAAAUUAUUUGAAAACGUU